CGCUUCGCGUUUAGUUCGCAGGAAGUUUUCGUCGGUGCUGGACGUGUUUUUAGUGCAGGGACACCUCGCGUACGUUUUCGCGUCUCUUGUGUAUACACACGGAUUUGUUUUUCUUGUGAUUGUGUUAGUAACUGGUGCAACCCCCGCGCGCCUUGCGUUUUCAAUGAACGGGCGUUUGUGCGGUGAAUGGGGGUGAAGGAGAAAGAAGAAGUUGAUCUGCUGCGGCUGCAACGGAUAGAUGGAUGCAUGGCCUUCUUCGUAUUCGUUCGGGACGACGGACGCGAUUUUGUAUUUGGAUUGUUGGGUUUGGGCGUCGGUGUGUGAGUGUGCACGGCGGCCAAAUUCGAUUCGGUCGGGUGGCAAAGACGAACGGGAGUAUUUGUACUAGCAGUGCUUUUACGGCCCGAGAAGCAAAGCAAUCGCGUUUGUGAAAAUAGUUUUGACAGUCCAGCAGCAGGCGCAGACAUUGAAUAUUUUUUUCCGUUCGACUGCUGCGUUUCGAAAGUGAGUUGCAACUAUCGGGGCGUCAAGGUUUCGUGUGUUUUUUAAGUUCGAUACGGAAUCUUUUCGGUGCAAAAUUCGACUUCAAGGAAGAAAAAGUGCCAAUAUGUUUUAGAGCAGUAGAAUUGCCUGAACGGGCUCUCGGGGGAAGGCGGAAAAUAUCCUAAAUUUUCCUGUGUGUGAAAGUCCUCCAUUAGCGGAAUAUACAGAAAGUGGCAUUUCGCGAAGGUAUACGUGUGGUGAAUUGCCCCCUUUUGCACUGGUGUUUUGUGGUGGGAUGAAUGAAUGAUGUUCCACCAAAGAAAACAACAAAAAGAUUGAAUCAAUUGGGUUCAACCAGGAAGACAAAGUUCAAUCGAUUCGGAAGUGAUUCGAGUUUUCCAUGAAUGGAUUACUGAGAUUAAUCUACGAAGUGCAAAUGAAUAGAUCAGUAGUCCUGCAACGCCUACUAAAACAAGAGUGGUGAAAUAUUUUGCACUAGAAACGUCAAAUUUCGAUCAUCUCUCUCUCUCGCUCUGGUGUGCAUGUUUUGGCGUGAGGAGAUUUCGCUUGUGUGUUUGUGCCGUGAAUGAGUCGGAAAGAAGAAUAUAUUGCACACUAAAAUGAAUGAAAUUAUAAUGAUUGUACAAAAGUGAAAGAGCCCAGCAAGAGCAAAAUAAAGUGGAAAAUUGUGCAUACAAGUUGAAUGUUACAACCCUCCACCAAGGAUUGUUGAAUUUGUGAUGGAGAAGAAGUGACGAAUGCCGAAUUCGAAGUUCAACUGGGAGAAAUUUUUCCGGGAAUGAUUCCAUCCAUGUAGGAAACAUAUCAACUACUGUGUGAUUGAUUUUUUGUUCGGUGUUUGGAUUACGGUUUUCGAAGCAUCAGAGAUCAUACAAUAUAAGUGCAGUGUUUCGAUUUGCUGCUGUUGGAAGAGCUUGUUGCUUGAAGACGCAGCCGAGGGAAAGAUUCAGAGGCUGGGAAAAGUCGGCACUGAUUUGCGCCAAUCGGAGAAAGAGAGGCACAAGAGUGAAAUCAUUCAAGGUGGCAGUUCGGGUUCGGGACUGGCAGCUGAAUAGCGCGAAUCGCAACAUGAGAACUCCGCUCGUUCUAUCGCCAUCAUCGUCACAAGACUCCGAGAGUUCAAGUUUAAGAUAGUGUUGUGACAGGAUUGGAACGUCCACCAGUAGUGAUGGACGAGCAGAACUGACCCCGAGCGAUCGAAAUCGCCCCCCGUUCCUGAAAUGGCUGGUAGAAGCAGCCGUGGAAAUCUGGUAGAUGCUGAUAGGACUUCGGUUCGGAAUAGUGCGAGAGUCGUCGUUUGAUUUGUCCAGCCGGGAAACUACGUGUGAAGUUCGGAUUAUCGUUCGCUGGGAGAUUGAUGAUCCAUCGGUCAACACUUGACAACCUUUAUAUCUCUUGGGAAUGAAGCAUGUCCCCACUGGAAAUAAGUGCUUUUUGUGUUGUGUCGUCGACAGAAGCGUGAAUAAACGCAUUGUUAGGUGAAAAUAAGUGGAAUGUUUAAUGUGCGGGAAAAUUGCUCUGUGAAAGUUGUGAGAUUAAAUGUCUUGUUCAGGAUCCGUCGCGUAUAAGUGAAGAUGAAUUCCGUGUUUUCCGCAUUUAAAUCCUCCGCGAAACACGAUGGCAAACAAAAGUCGUCGAGCGGGAAGAAAAUCGCCCAGGAUCCGCCCAGUAGCUACGAGAAGCUACGGCACAUCCGGGAGAUAAGCUGCAAUAAGAUGAACAACCUGGUGGUGCUGGGAGACCAUCAGGUUGAGACGGCAAAUGGUGGCAGUGGAUCGCCUUCGUCCUGUGCGACCACUCCGGUACAAAGUCCCUCCAGCGAAAAAAGUCUGGAACUGGAACUGGCCACAUCAGAAUCCGAUGGAGUGGACCAGGUGGAUCGGGCCAUCCCACUGUCGACCGAACCCAGCUUAGCAGAAGCAUCUGCUGAGACAGUAACUAAACCAACGGCAACCACUAAGGCUGACACAUCGAGUGAUAGUUUAGGCGAUAGUAUAGUAGUGAGCAAACCUCCUUCGGGGGCGGCAGCUGUAGCGGCUGCUGCAGCGGCCUCUGCGGCAGGGGGCGGGGUCUUUGCCGUUCCUGCCCCGCCCGCUCCGUCGACAAACAUUCCGACCAACAGUAGUAACAGUAGUAGCAACAGCAUCAAUCAAUGGAGCGUUGUCAGUGCCAGUAGUAGUCGAUUCCACAAACCGAGACUCAGCCUGAGCAAUAGUCUGGGGCUGAAUGGUAGCAGCAGCAGCAGUAGCAGUAGUAGCAGCAACGGUAGUAGCAUCACCAGUAGUAACAAUGCAAUGCCUUCGGUGCACGGACGCACCGGCGGGGGAUGUGGCGGCAGUGCCGGAAACGGACCAACCGGAGCUCCCCAGAAGACCAGACUGUCAACGCACCAAAGAAAUCUUAGCUUAGACUUUAGAUCAAUGGGAAUCCUAUUACCUCCAGUGUCACAGGUAACCAAUACUCGAAUAAACAUGACCCAGCAUCACCGGAAUCGCAGCUUGGACAGUGCCCUCCAGCGGAUACCGGAGGUGGAGGUUUCAUCGCCAAGUGCCGAAUCGGAGAACACCCUGUGCACGAAUUCGAUCCUCGGCACGACGAUGUGCACCAAAAUUAUGCAAUCCUCCUCGACGAACCCGCCCAAUACGCCGGCCCUUACGCGGGGGAACGACAAUGGCGUGGAAGAUGGCAACACUGGCGGCUGCAGUACUAGCAAUAGUAGCCGGAGCAGUAGCACCAGCAGCAAUGGCGGUGCCGGGAUGAUGGACGUGGGCGGAGCUGGUUCUGCGCUUGUGUCAUCCGGCUCGACAAGGUCGGGGAAAGUGACAGAUGGUGACGCCCAUGGUGGAAAGGAGAACGAUAGCAAAAAGAGGGAAGAUUUGACCAGUCUCGGGUCGGACGAUUCCGGAAUAAUCUGCGGAUCGGAACCGGACCACACAUCGUUGACGCGGAUCCGCCGUUCCCGGGAGAGUCUCGAUUCGGGCGAGAUUGAUCCCUCGGAGGAGGAGUGCAUCGAGAUCCUGGAAACCACCUCGAUGGACGAGGAGUACCGAAUGCUCCAAUCGGAUCUGUGCUUUUACCCGCUAACGCUAUCCUCCAAUGGGGGAGGAGGAGCAGAUGGACAGAGCACCAGCAGCAGUACCAUCGGCGGAAGUGGAAGCGGAGGCACCCGAGACAGUCGAAGUGCCAAGUCGUUCGAGAGUGGUGGCUCUCAGUCUUCCACUGCUGACCCGGUCCCCGUUAGCGAAAAGAUGCGCUAUCGGGAACAGAACAUAAACCGAGCUGCCAUCAUGCUGGAGACGAUUUGUGUCCCGAUCGAUUACGAGGACGGACCCGGUGAGGAAAACGAAGGACCUGUGGCGGAUGCCACCGGUGAGGAUGAAGUGGACGCCGCUACGCCUAUUGUGGGCGAGAGCAGGUCAAUCGUUUCCGUGGGGGAAGGGGAAGCGAUCACGCCUGUGGUGGAGUCGAAGGAAGCAGUUCCAGCAAACCCUGUGCCAAGUACUACUAGCCAAAAGAGCGACCAAAAGAAUGAGAUCAUCUUCCGAAACUUUUUCGGCGCUACCAAGAAUGCCAUUUUUAGAACAGCCCAGAGCAUUAUCGAUAAUCACGAGAAGAAGAACGCGAAGAACAAGGAAAAGGACGAGGAGAAGGUGAAAUCUCCUACAGAGAUUUCCAAGAAGCGAGAGUUUGGAGUUCUGCGUUCGAGAAUGAGGAAAUCGGAAGCAUCAAACAGCAGUAGCAGUGCUGCUGCCAUUAACAGUAGUAGUACUGUACCGACCAUUACCAACAACAACAACACAUUGAGUCCAGAGCCGCUGCAAUCUCCUGAAGCGGAAAUCAAAAGUCUUUCAAAAUCAUCGUCCACUAGUUCGUUAAAAGUACCGGGCGUCGCGGUUGCCACCUGCAUAAACCCAAAGGAAAUCAUCGAACCUCAACUCAAGACCGAACGGGGCCAAAGCGGUUUGCUAAGGUUCUUCGAAUCCCCGGUCUUCAAUAUCCACUUUGCCGUCCACUACCUGUUCUACUCGAAAGAACCGGGUGUCCUCAGUUUCAUCGGUAACAAAAUUUUCAGCUUCCCCGACAUCGAAGUCGACCUGUACAUCCCUCAGCUGAUCGUGAUGUACAUGCAAAUUGAAGAGCUUUCGGAAGUCCUCGAUCCGUACCUGGUCUACCGGUGUCGAAGAUCCGUAGAUUUCUCGCUGAAAUGCGUCUGGCUUUUGGAAGCCUACAACUUCAACAUGGGUAUGCUGAGCAAUAACGGAAAUUCCAUUCGGAAGCACUUGUGCCUGUUGAAGGAACUUUAUCCCAAGCGAGAACGGAAGCAACACCUCAAAGCAAUGGAAUCCCUUCCACCUACUGUCGACACCGUCAAAAAAACUCACCACCGGUCCCAAUCGGAUGCUACCGGUCUUAUGGGAUCACUUUCCCUAAACCCCAGGCUAUAUCCAUCGUUAGCUAAGCCACUCUGCCUCGGAGAUCUGAGUAGUGGACGUGCGUUUGACAACGGUUGCCUAUGUUUCGAAUCCGUUCGGGGCACGGUCAACGAUCUGCUCGGUCAGCAAACGAUCUGCUCAUGUGGAGCCCCCAAACUGACCCCGGAACGGGAAUUCAUGAAAUCCCUCAUCGACAUUGGUCGGAUGCUUACCUCCCUGCAGACCAAAAUCGAAAAGACUUCCCGGCUGAGGAUACUCCUCAACCUCAUCAAUAAAAACCUCCCGGCCCGGGUAUGGCUUCCAUUACACUCCGAAACGCCGCACCACGUCGUACGGAUAACGGAGGAGAAAACUGCCGUAUUGAACUCCAAGGACAAAACACCCUACAUCAUCUACGUGGAAGUCGUCGAGGUGAACGACAUCUACACUUCACCGGUCAUUCCGAAAAUGAUGCCAACUCUGAGGCACACCAAAAGCGAGGAACGGUUGGACAGUGGCGCCCAACCGAACGCCUCGUCCGAAACCAACAUUCCUGCUGCAACUGGCACCGGUGCGGCAACUGGCAACCAAGUGCAACCUGCCGUCAAGCUACGGGUAUCGAAAAUGUCCGAGUGCUCGAAUGGAGGCGAGUUGGCUUCGCCCAAUGCCCACAUUGGAGGUUACUCGUCUUCGGGCAACCUGGGGGUGUACGACUUCGGCUUCACCGAGGACGACGUUUGGUCCCAGGAGGACGACGAGAUCACGGCGCAGUACCUGAAUCUGCACAAAAGCCUCUCGGAGCGGGACAGCCUGUCGCAGUUUUCGAUGGAUUCGUACGAUUCGCGAGAGCAAUCGACCCCGGCAGUGUUCAACAUCGGUGAGGUUCGAAAUCGGCACUGUGCCAAUCUGAGUUCGGAGAGCACACGGCCGUUUAGCAACGAUCCGGAGGAUCCAUCGGCUGCAGUACUGAAGGAGCCUUGGCACGAGAAGGAGCGACAAAUCAGGGAAAGUUCACCCUACGGUCAUCUGCAGAACUGGAAGCUGCUAUCGGCGAUCGUCAAAUGUGGCGAUGAUCUGCGGCAGGAACUGAUGGCCACGCAGUUACUAGAGAUGUUCCAGCUGAUUUGGAAGGAGGAGAACGUGGACCUGUGGGUGCGCCCGUACAAGAUCGUCUGUCUGUCGAACGACUCGGGCCUGAUCGAACCGAUCCUCAACACCGUCUCGCUGCACCAGAUCAAGAAGAACUCCAGCAAGAGCCUGAGCGACUACUUCGCCGACGAGUACGGUGGUGACUCGGAGGAUUCGGACCGCUUCCGGACGGCCCAGCGCAACUUUAUGCAGUCCUGUGCGGCGUACUGUUUGAUUUCCUACCUGUUGCAGGUCAAGGAUCGUCACAACGGCAACAUCCUGCUUCAUUCCGACGGCCACUUGAUUCACAUCGACUUCGGGUUCAUCCUCAGCAUAUCUCCCAAGAAUUUGGGUUUUGAACAAUCGCCCUUCAAGUUGACGCCGGAGUUCGUCGACGUGAUGGGUGGACCUUCGUCCGAGUUGUGGCUGGAGUUCAAGUACCUGCUUUUGGAGGGACUGAAAGCCGCGCGGAAACACAUGGAUCGCAUCAUCAACAUUGUGGAGAUCAUGAGAAGCAGCUCGCAGUUACCGUGCUUCAAGAAUGGCUGCUCAGGUACGGUGCGCAAUCUGCGCAACCGAUUCCACAUCAACCUGACGGAGCAGGAGCUGGAGCGCAAGGUCGAACAGCUGAUCCAGGAUUCGCUCAACUCCUUCACGACCAAACUAUACGACAGCUACCAGUACUUCACCAAUGGCAUUUUGUGAGAGCGAUUUUUCAUGAAGAUCUAAGCAUGCGGUGUGAUUGGGUGUGGAAUACCACUCGCAGUAGGCGUAAAUCAUAGAUGGCCAUGGGUUGAAGGAGAUAAUUAUAAAUGAAAAAGUACAAAAAGAAGUUUCUAUUGAUGUUUCCUUUGUUUUUCGAUUUGUAACAAAAAUAUACACAUUUAUUACCAAUCUAAUGAUAGUUGAUGUACGCGCGGAAGCAUAUGUUUACUGAUUCUAUUGAUUCUAGAUUGCCUGCGGUUUGGAGGAGCGCAAAUGGAACGCUGCUUGAUGUAUGUGUUUGUAAAUUUUCGUGUAAAUAUAGUCAGUAGGGGAAAGUCAAAAUUCGUAGCUUAGUAAAACAGAGUAUGUAUAAAUCGAAUGGUGGUUUUUCUGUGAAAAGCCUCCUUGUCUUCUGAAUGUUUUAAUCACUUGGAAACCUGCAAGGACAUUUUUUGUAUGAUACAUGGGAGGGAAAUUAUGAAACCUAGCAUUACUUGGGGUAUGAAACGGGGAAGAAUUUAAUCAAUGCAAACAAAUCGACUUGGGUGGGUGCAAAUGACACAUUUAAAUUUUAAUCUUAAGCAGACUUUAUUCCACGUACGGUUUUAAGACAGUCGUAUUUUUGUGCAUAUUGAACAAUCUAGGUGGAUACAGUGAAUUUAAAAGUCUAUUCCACUUUAAGAUAGGGAAGAAAGGAAUGAUGAAACACAUAUUUGUACUAUUUUAUGCAAAGAGCGAACUAUAGUCGCUUGAAUAUUUUAUUUACGAACUCACAUCAUUUAAUUCAAAGGACACUGAAUUUCGAGGCAAAGUCGCCCAAUUAUACUCAUAACGUGCUAGCGAAUGUGCGAUUGGUUAAAUAUUGAUUAUAAGAUCUAAUUUUGUUCGCUUCGAGUACAGGAAACUCUACUUAUUGCUAUCAAUGUGUAAGCUUGUUAAGUUGGCUGUUCUGAUUUUCCCUGGAAGGAACAUGGCGCGACUUUACAAUUUUCCGUUGCCAUGGUGACAUUUGACUGUUCAAAGCACAUAGCCAGCUACGUUAUUCUUAUAUCAUCGUCAACCACAUAAAAUCUAACAAAUCCUAUCCGUUUUUUAUUCAGCUGUUAGUUGCAAUUUAAUGUUCGCCUCGAGUGUAAAUAUACCUUGCACAGUCAUACGAUAGAAACAUUCUUUUGACACAACCCUCGAAGAGUUGGUUUUACCUUUAUAUUCCUGCAACGUGGUAUAAAUAUAUUAUAGUUAAAUACAAUCACAUUUCUAUCAAAAAUAUACACUUUAGUCUACUGCAUAUAACACUAAAUCUUAUACGUACACACGCUUCACCUUCCACUAUUAGACUUUUUUCAUUUUUCUCUGAUAGUUGAAAACAAACGUUAAAAUUGAAAACUUGGAAAAAGCUUACCUACUACCAACCUAUUAUGCAAACGACGGAAAUAUACUCAAACCAUGAACGGAAGCGUAAUGUCACGCUCAAUAUGCAUUAAAACUUGAACCAACCAGAAUACUCUUUGUCAUGGAGGAACGAAACGCGUGACUUAUCCUAAUAACAGAGUCAACAACAGCCAAACUGCACUUCUUGAGAGCUCGUCAGAUCGUUUUCCACAAGCUUAUUUUUACUAAAGAAAAACUCCUUCUUACCACACAUGUUCUCGUGAAACUUAUUAACUGAAAAAAGUCCUAUAUUUAUUGACUGUAACUACGCAGAACCAGGCUCCUUUGGCGAAAGGGGAAGAAGGGGAAGCAAAAAAUAAAUAAAAACGCUGAGUCGCAAAUCUUGACCCCGGAGGAGUAAAUACCUUUUUUUUGCGCGUAAAUAUUAAGAUUAUUGAUUAGUUUCAGGUAAUUGAUAAUGAUUAAUAACUACAGCAAAUAUUUGGAACCUAAUGUAAGCAAGUACAUAUAAAGAAUAAUAAAUACUGAUAAUGAUAUCUGAA